ACACACACACACACACACACACACACACACACACACACACACACACACACACACACACACACAAACAACACACACCCUAACUCAUACAGAGCGCACAUUACUUGGAGGGUUGAGCGUCGUCUGCAGGUCGUGUGUGUGUGUGUGUGUGUGUGUUCAUGAAGCUUAAAACUUUCGAGGCACUCACACUCUCUACCCUCAUUCUCUUCUUUCUGCUGCUCUCCUCUUUCUCCUCUCCCCUCCUCCACAACACCUUUGGGUUGUUUUCUUUCCCUUCAUUCUUCCCCCUUCCGUCUCCCUGCUCACAGUCUUUCUUGCUUUUCUGUCUUGUAAGCUCAAUUUUUUUUACAUUUUUUUUAUUUUUGUGUGUCUGUGUCAGUGUGAAAACUGAAUGGGGGACAGGUCAAGAUGCUGCUGAUGAUGCUAUAGCCGUCUGGGCUUCCAUGUCUUUAGUUGUAUUUGGGGACAUCCUCAAACCCUGAGGAACCCUACAUUUUUGACAUCAUCACGGGGUUCUUGCACGUCUGAGACUCUGGAACUAAUCAAGACUUUUCAAGACUGACAUUAAAAACAGCAACAAUGUGGACCAGGCUGUGCCAACUCACUGCACAAAUCUUUCUCCUGGGACUGUUGCUCUCUGCGGUGGACAGUAAAGGAACCCUGUAUGGAGGCCACAUCAACCCUUUCUAUGGAAACAGAUACCACCUCUACAAAGCCGGACUCAGCCCUCACUACCCACCAAACAAGCCCAUGACUCGUCACAAAAACCACUGUGCCUACAUGGUCCAGAAGAACGUCACAUGCAUCAUGCAGGAAGGAGUGGAAACCUAUGUGAAUGCCGAAUACACCACCAAGUGCAUCUGGGGUCAGAAAUGUCCCGUUGUCAUGUACAGGACUUUCUUUAAGCCAAAGUACAAGGUGGGUUUCAAGACAGUGACAGAGCUCGAGUGGAGGUGUUGCCCUGGUUUCUCUGGAGAAUCAUGCCAUGGUGGACCUACAACACUGCCUGACACUAYAGGGGCGAGCCUCCCCCAUCGUCCAGGUGUGAAAGGCUUCCCCCAAGUUCCAAAACCUUCUGUGGACCAGAAGCCUGGAGGAGGCCAGCUGGAGCCAGGCAAACCCAACUAUGGUGCCAAAUUACCAGGAGUGACUGGUGAACGUUUGGACCGCAUGGAGGAGAACAUGCGCCGCCUAACUCAGGGUCUGGACACCCUCAAUGGAGUGGUGGCUGGACUCGAGGAGCGACUGCGCACAUCUCUGCGGGAGGACACCAACAAACUGCUGGUGUCGUUGCUGCCCAACGCCCCACGGGUGCACGACUCCACCGUGGGCUUUGGUGUGAUCCCAGAUGGGAGUCCUGAUGGUCUGGAAGGAGGACAGACUUUUCCUGGAUUUGGAGACUUAGCAGGGAGGGUGACAGAAGUGAGGGAUGAGUUGCGAGCCAAAACUCACAUUUUGGAGGAAAUCCAGGGAAUGGUCUUGGGUCAUGAUGGCCAGCUGAAGACGCUGUUGGAUGGAGUCGGAGGCAAAUACAUCCAAGGUUCGGACUCCACCUCUUUUGUGGAUGAGAUCUUGGAUACCAAGCUGGCUGAGGUGAGGGCUGCGAUCCUGGAUGGCUUUGAGCAACGUCUGACUGGCCUGGAGAGCCAAUGYGAUGAGAAGAUCGGGGAGGUGAAGAAGCAGUGCCACAGGGAGCACAUGGAUGGCCAGGAGCAGAUGCAGCAGUCUCUGGAUGGCAGAGAAACUGGGCUCAGGGAGGAGCUGGGCUCGUUGCAGGCUCAGAUUCAGGGUUUGACUCUGACUGAGAGCUGCUGUGGACAGGUGAACAGCCUGUCUCAGCGCGUGCUGCUGCUGGAAGAAUCAGUAAAGGAUUUGACAGAAUCUCAGAGGCAGCUUCAGRGAGCCAUCGUCGAACAAGGUGUUCAGAUAGAUACGAUGAUUGAGACCCGCCUGCUGGACAUCGAGGACAGACUCAAUGCCACCAGUGUUGGACCWGAUGGAGCUGAAGGGCUUCCUGGUGCUCUGGAUGGCUUCAAAAUCCUGCUGGAGGACAAGCUGAAGACGCUAGAGGACAGAGUGUUUGUGGCUGUGGAGGAACUAAGCAAUGCCACCGUUCCAGCUCUUCUGGAGGGUCAGGUGGUCCCUGCACUGGAGACAGAGAUUGAGUCUGUUAGGAGGAGGGUGGAGGGAGACCUGAGUGGAAUUCAAAAGCAGCUGAUGGAUCUGGAGCUCCUCUGCACCUCCUCRUGUGCACCCUCUACCCCUCCUGAACGGGGCGUGGGAGGCACCGGGGUGGACGAGGAGUGUGAGGGGAUGGAAAAGAAGAUGAUAGACCGUCUGGACUCCCAUUCGAACCAGCUGGACCAUAUCAACAACACCCUGCACAACUUGCUGGUCCGGAUUGCACAGGAGGCCUCGGAGGGCUCCGUCCAGGGAGAGAUCACCCUGCUAAAGGUCAACAUCAACUCUGUGAACCGAACACUGAAGGGCCUGAGGGACUCCAUCAGUUUCAUUUCCACUGAAGUGAGCCACGCCAACUCGUCGUGGGAGGAGAGGGAGCAUCAGCUCGUCAACCAGGUGCAAGGGAUCACCAAGCUGGUCGGCCACCAGGCCUCCCUGCUCGGYGCGGGCGAGAGGCGGCUGGCGCAGCUGAAGGGAGAGCUGGCAUCCUUGAAGAGACAGCUGUUGGGCGGGCUGCACGGCUGCCGCAGCACGGCCAUGGAGGUGCACAAAGAGAUGAAGGACGUUGGCAGCAGGGUGAGCCAGGUGGAGGACCAGUGCAGCAGUCUGGGGGAGCUGGUCGAGCACCUGGAGCGCAUCAGGGCAGAGCUGGAGAGACACUCGGACGAAUACCUGGCCCAGGUGAACGGCACUCUGGCCGUCCACUCGGAGCGGCUCGCCGAGCUGAAAGGGGAGAUCAAAGACUGCGCAUCCAAAGACACCACCGACCAAAAAGGAGACCAGUAGCAACCAAGCUGCAGUUUUUUUGAAGGACAGACUCACCGUGUGUGUGCUUUUAAUUAGUCUCGAGUGUCUUUCUCUGCUUCUGCCCUCUCUCUCCAAAUCAUAUCUGCACGGUUACAAAUGAACUGGUAAAUGUCAUCUCUCACRCGGCCUUUGCCCCAGUGCCUCCUGAUGUGGCAGAAUAAGAGUUGUAUAGUCUGACAAUAUUUCCCUUGUGAUUUAUUCUGUAAGGGCAUUUUUUUCUCUUAUAAUAAAUGUUUAGUCAUUUAAACUUUUUUUAACUUAUAUGAAGUGACUGCAUUGGUAUGUUGUAAAAAUAUUUGUUUUUGGAGAAAUAAUAAAUAAACAAAAUGCUGCUACGAGUUUUUGCUUACAAGCACUCUCGAUAUCUUGGACACCAGUCUGGUCUUUUUAACAAAAAUACUGUAAAGUUUGUCUCAACUUGGUGCUAUUUUACUUUUUUUUUUUUUUUUAAUUUUUUGGGCGUCUGGUUUUGUUUUAGUUUGUAAAUCGUUGUUUUACACAUGUUUAAAAAUGGCUUAUACAUUUCUGUUUUGACAGUUGUUUGUGUUUCUCGACACACUUUCUGGUACAAGUUUCAGAGGAUUCRUGAGUCUCCAUGGGGAGGACAGUGGAAACAAAAGAUAUGGUGUGAAAAAUGAAACAGAAAUAAAACCUGAAAUACUAAAGACUGGGGAUUAAAA